AUGUCGGAAAGCCCGCUCCCACUAAGCCAGAUUAGGUGCAUAGAUGUUGUGCGCGUCUUAUAUGAUUUUACACCAACAAGUAAACAUGAACUCCCUCUGAAGUUAGGGGAUGUAGUAUAUGUUCUUUCAAAGUUAGAGUCAGGCUGGUGUGAUGGUGUUAUUGUUGAUCAUCCAAAUAAGGUUACUCAAUGUCAGAGGGGCUGGUUUCCUCAAGAAUAUGUAAGGUCUUCAAGAGAAAAGCGAUACCCGUAUUAUUUGAAUGCUGGAUGGACUAGCGGUACGAAUAUAAACAACUUGUAUUCGCGAGCUAACUCCCUGGCAUAUGAAGGUUCUGCUCCGAAUCUAAGGAGUGAGAGUAUGAAUGCUAGGCAGCACGGGGGUAAUUUUGCAAGAGUACCAAGCUUGACUUCAAAUGAGGCUGGUGAGUCUAAUUACAGUUACUCUGCAUCGCCAGAUGCUCAUAUGAAGCAAGAUUAUAGACUUGAAAUGAGGCAUCGAGUGCUUCAUGGGUAUCCGGUAAAAGCCGUUGGAAUGAGUCGUGUGGGUACAGAUGAGAUACUUAUGGUCGAUCCAUUACAGAAGCUCACUCUGGAGGAUGAACAUACACUGAGGGACAACAAGAGUAAUGCUUCGGCCCCUCAAAAUCUCGAUAAAAAACAGUUUAUUUCUCCUUCCGAGGCAGCGAUUUUGUACGGAACAGCUCCUAGCGGAGGUUCUCGUCAACUUCCAACAGAAAAGGAUGGAAGCGAGACUUUCACUAAUGAUAAGGAGCAGAGUUCCAACUCUAGAGCAACUUCCUCAACCCUGCCCAAUCCUGAAAUGGUAUUCAGGUCAGUUUUCCCUCAGGAAGAACGGAAUGCUGAACUUACUGCAAAAGACCUUGGUCUCUCUAAGGUGUCUUCAUCUAUCUCACCCAUAGAGAAUUGUAGUACGGAGGCCCCGCAAUCUAUUUGGACGAAAACUUUGGCUUGCAAUCAACUUUCUGGAAAAAAUAGUCUGAGGAGUCGCAAUAAUACCGAUAUUCUACGUCCUAAAGGAGACUCCAAGAGGGAAGCCCUGGCACCAGAUUCAUACUCUGGUCAACCUUUUUUUACUAAUGACGAUCUCUUUUUGCAUCACCCUACUGAUAUGAGAACAUGGACUGAAUUAUGCGAUUCAGCUCUGUACCACAUUAAAUUGUCGUACGAGAAUAUUAUCCGUAACAAUCAGCCGCAGUUUAACAUUCAUAUUAAUCGUACUUCCAAGCGUGUGACGACUUACAUCAUUGCUUGUCGGCUACUAAGAGAUAAACUGCUGGAGAGUGAUAGGUUUAAGGAGACAAUGAAAAUUAUGAAAAGGAUAAUCUUAUCUUUAGGAGGAAUAUCAGUACAUGCCUCAUUCUACUUUAAUUCUGGUCCGUGUUUUCAAUGCACGCCGCAUGCAGACGACAAACACUCGAUGGCUGACGAUAAUGGCUUCAGUAAGAUUCCGCAUUCACAUGUCUCUAGCCAAACCACUGGUGUAAUUGCAAGUGUAACAAGUGACCGAAGCUCAAACAUCCCAGGUUCAAGCGCUGCUGAUGCCGAAAUCCUACCUCAAGCUUGUGAAAGUCCAACCGCUGAAUCAGAAGCAUUAGAUCGGGUACAUGCAUUACCCCAUGGCGACAGAGGUGGAUAUGGUUAUCAUUCUAAAGCAGAUAUAAGGCAAUCAUUUACUUCGAAAGCGAUUGGUCGUGAUAGUGAUGAUAGUAAUCCUUAUGUGGAUGAUGCGCAACGGUUGCUUGAUAACAUUCUCCAUAGGUUGGACACAGAGUAUGCGAUAUUGAAAGACAGCAUUGCUAAACUUACCGUCUUGAUGAAGAGUGAUAAUCCUUUAAGAGAUUCUCUACCACAAACAUACCCCAGAUUGUUUAAAAAUUCCUUUGAUAGUUGUGGCUGGACAAACCCAUUCAAUCAACUAGGCUAUGGACAGAAAGGUUCUCAAGUUGCGCUACAACACUGUUCAAAUAGUGAAGGCCCAACUGUUACAUCUAAUGCAGAGCACAAUGUUAGUGUUGCUCAAGGCAGUAACACAAGUUCCAAAGCAAGUGGUUUCUUUAUCAAUAGAAAUGGAUCAAAAACAUUUUCCAGAAGUAAGUCAGUGAAAAAUGUUACUUACCCAUUGACGGAGGACACUUUUAAGCUUUUCAAAUCUAAGUUAACCCAACUAGCUGGAAAAAGAGAAAACGAUUUACGGGUUUUGAAUCUACCGAAGUCAACUAAACGUAAUCUUGAGGUGGCUGCAUGCACUUAUGAUACAAUUGCAUUGCUGUCGUCGAUGAUUGAUAUUAUGGAGGCUAUUGAUUUAACGUUUUUCGUUAAUUUGAGGGAUUUGCCAUAUGUUGAACCUUCUGCUAACUUAGAUAAGGAAAGUAUGGACUUGAGAGACCAUUGUGUGACAACCGCUACUGCAUUACUUUUGGAGUUUUUUGAUGUGAAACAGGCAGCCCACGACAUAACAAUUGGAAUUAUAAUGGACACACAAAAUCUAACAUUGAGAGACCCGUACGUAUUUGCAUCAAUGCGGGGGGAUUUGACUAAUGAUGGAGAUAGAGAUCGGAAGAAGUAUCAAUUUGUAAGAUUGCAGAAGCUUUCGAAUGCUCUAUGUGACCACUUGACGAAACAGGAUGUAGAAUUCAACGAUGAGAAAUUUCUGGAUACAGAUGCUAUCAUGGUUGCUACACUCGGAAAGUUAAUGAACAUUAUGGAUACAGCAGCUCAAAUCAUAGAGCAGCUUGUUAAUGAACGAAAGCAAACUUUACAUUAUGCCGUUAUGAUGAUGAAAAAUGACUUAAUCGCUGAGUUAGUCAAGGGUGAGCAAGAAAAGUGGUUCGAUACAGAUGAUAACACUUGCUCUAAGUUGAAUUCUACCCAGGAGGUAUCAUCACCGAAUAAUGCUCAACUGGGCAGGGAUACUAGCCUACCGUGGUAUCUAGAGAACCAAUACGAUUACCUUUUAGUCUACGAUGCAAAUGGGAAUAUUAAGGGCGGUACUAAGGAAUCACUAAUAGAGUAUUUGACUAGUCACUUAACUGUGGAUGUAUCUUUUACGAUAACAAUGCUAGUCACAUUUCGAAGUAUGUUUACUACGGCGGAAUUAUUGAAGCUUUUGAUAGCGAGAUAUAACCUAUAUCCCCCCGAUGGACUAAGUUAUGAUGCGUAUAGUGUAUGGGUUACCAAGAAACAUAUACCUAUCAAGACACGUGUGAUAAGUAUCCUUAACCUAUGGUUGUCUUGCUUUUGGGUACCUUCAUACUAUACUCCUAGUUUAUCAGAACUGCUAUCAUUUGCAAAGAUGGCGAAGGAUGAUCACGUCGCUGGAGCUGAUGAGUUAAUUGAUUUAGUGAAAGAAGUCAUUGAGCAAAAGGAUAGUUUUCACGGGUUUACUCCACGUAGAAUACAUUUUUCUACUAUACAAAAAGAUUCGAUUGUAAAAGGAGUAAGAACAUUCCCUUCAGUGAGUUCUUUAGAUCCACCAUUGACGGCAACCUCAUCUGCUACGUCGUUAGCAAACGCUUUUCGCUUGAAAAAGCUGCGUUUAUUGGAUAUUGAUCCUAGCAUUUUCGCUAAGCAGCUGACAAUAAAAGAACAUGAGCUCUACUGCAAGAUAGUACUUUUUGAAUGUCUAGCUAGAGCGUGGAGGACAAGGUAUUGUGACUUUGGUUCAUCAACUAACAUUUCCAACUUUAUUAAGAACUCUAACCAUCUCACGAACUUUGUAUCGUACAUAAUAGUGAAGCAGAACGAUCUAAAACAGAGGAGCCAAGUCAUACAAUAUUUUAUCACAGUCGCUGAACAGUGCCAUCACCUUAACAAUUUCUCAUCAAUGACUGCAAUAGUCUCAGCCAUGUACUCAUCUUCCGUUUACCGCUUGAAGCGUACAUGGGGUAUUGUUCCCAACAACUACAAGGAUAUCCUUGAAAAGCUUAAUGCCCUAAUGGAUUCUACGAAAAACUUCAGUCGCUACAGAGAACUUUUGGAAUCGGUUCGUGAGUUCCCUUGUGUACCAUUCUUCGGUGUUUACCUCUCAGAUUUAACUUUCACCGCAGGAGGUAAUCCUGACAACCUGGAUGGAACUUCUGACAUUAUCAACUUUGGUAAAAGAUCCAGAAUAGUAUCUGUAUUGAAGGAGAUAGAUUCAUACCAGUGCACAGAAUACAAUUUAGAAAGGCACUCAGAUGUCCUAAACUUUUUAGACGAGCAUUUGACUGGAAUACCUAAUAUCGAGAAGCAAUAUGAGCAGUCCUUGCGUAUUGAGCCUCGUAGUGAAGUAUCAGCUGGAUUGAAUACUUCCAGUUACCAUCAAAAGCAUUUCUCAACAUCGCUCAAGGGAAGAAAGUUACGCUUUGUCGCUCGAAGGAAGAAAACUCAAGGCGCAUCUCCUUAA